CCCCGCUUAAAACUGUGCCAACUUUCGGAAAUUGUUCUCACUCCUGCCGCUAGGUUCUCUAGUGUUAGUGGCCCUCAGAUUUGGCGCGAAUUGUCAAAAGUAAAGCGUCUGCCAUCUUGUCGAUAGUUGAUUCCAUUUCGUUGUUUCAUUUGUUCAAUUAGUUCUUUAACUUAGGGUAGUAAUGUGUUUUUGAUAAAUUGUGUUGCGAGAUGGUUAAAUGCUUCGUGGUUGGCUGUUCUACGGGAUACAAAUCAGCCAAAGAAAAUGAUGCUAAGGUAUUUAAACCACCCAAAGAAGAAAGGCAAUUCAUUUUCUGGGGUAAAAAAUUGGAAAGAAGUGACAGAAAAUUUUCUAGAAAAGAUCAUGUGUGUUCUAGACAUUUUAAAGAAGAAUUCAUAAUCAAGAACUCUGUAAAUGGUGGUGCCCCAUUGAGUCGCUGGAAAUUGAGAGCUGAUGCCAUACCAUCUCUUUUUCUUGGUUACAAAGAUGGGGUAGCCCCAAGCAAAAAGUAUCGGAAACAAACAACCUCUCCAAUAUCCAGCAAUGCAUCCCAUAAACAACCAGAAGAGAAACAUGAUGAUCGAACAACAUCUGAUGGGAACAGUGUUGAAGUCACUCUUGGUGGAGAGAAGAGUCUUGAACACACAACCCCAGAAACAGGAGGUGAAAAUCUUGUUGAAACCCAACAUGAAGAAAACAUCCCUUCUGUGCUACAAAUUGAAGAGAACAAUCUUGUUCAGACAAUUGAAUCCAUUCAAGAAAACAUUUUUGAUCGAGUAACUUCUGACACAUCUCUCAAUACUCUGGCAGAAGAUUUAAAUGAAAAUUGUGACAUCAGAAAUACUAAAGUACAAAGCCAUGAACCCAUCCAGGAAACACACGUUGAUUACAGCAAUAUUGACGGGAAACAUACUGCAGACACUACUGAACUUAUCACAGCCAUGGAUUUUGAUGAUUCAACAAUUAUUGAAACAAUUGAGAAUAUCAUUUGUGAUCCUAGUGACACUAAACUUCCUCCGUCUUGGCGUUGGCUUCCUGAUUGUGAUGUUUACAACGAAGAUGAUCCGACCGCCUUCAAGAAAAUUGCCGUUAGAUUUGGUCAAGUGAAUAACACAACAAUAAUUUUAAAAUCCAUUUUCGUAGUAGGAUCAGAGGUUUUCUAUAGCCUCAAAGGAUCAGCUAUACCCUGUCCGAAGUUCCUCUCAUCCAAUUUCGGAAAACUAGAUGAUAAUUCAAAUCUCGUUACUAAGUUUGAUUCUGCUAGUAUCUGUAAUGGGUUUCAUCUAACAGCUGAAGGGAAUUUUAAAAAACUAGAGAAAACCUGUAUCAAGGAAAAUGCGAAUUUCAGAUCCCGUUUCUGCCUAAGACUUUUAUCUGGUAAAGGUAAUAUGUGUUACAUGUGUGAACAUCUCCAAAAGAUUCACUUGAAGUACAGCUCCCGGCAAACAGCAAUUGAAAGAAUGUCCGCAAGAAAGAAGAAAUGAAUGCAAUGAAAUCAAAAAUGCUGAAACAAAAAAUUCAACGGAAAGAACUUGUUGUUAAGGUACACUAUCAACAUUUUUAAUUAUUUACAAAUUUUGUUCUUCUUCAUUUAACUAACAUCCAAUU